AUGGCAGAGAGGGAGCAUGUUCAGCAGCUUCAGAGACUCUUCCAGUCCAGGGACCUCCACAUGAACGAUAAGUUCGUGAAGUUUGUCAGCUUGUUGUCCCAGAAUGUCAAAGCGCUAAUGUCGUUAGGGAAAACCUAUGAGUCCCUCUCGUUGUGGGUAACGCCCAGCGUUCUCAGUACGCUUCCCGUACAAAUGGGAGAAAAUUUCAAACGAUUGAAUUUCGAAGCGCUAGAUGGGGCAAACUCGGACAACGUUCUGAAAAUUCUUCUAGAAUACCUAGAUAAAGAGGCAGCAAUUAAAAGAGACUCGAGACCCUCCGAUCCACAUAGACCUAGCAAUUUUCGGAGCGCAAAUCAGAGUAGGGAUUUCAGCAGUAGCAAUUCGAGCAGGCAGCCAGCAGGUGGAUCGGGAGGUUGGCUCAGUAAGAGAAACGAGACCACUCGGAGCAACGUGGCUUUUCUCACGCAGAACGCGUCGGUAGAUCACUCCUGCGUAUUUUGUUCGAGCUCCAAACAUGAGAGCAAAGAUUGCAGGAAGCCCUUGUCCUACGAGGAGAAAGAAGAGCUGUGUGAGAGGAGCAACGCUUGCUUCAAGUGUCUCCGCAGGAAUCACUAUGCGAAGAAAUGCAGAUCUCGGGGCGUUAAGUGCGACAAGUGCAAGCGGAACCAUUAUCCAAUAAUGUGCGAUGCGCGUGCGGGAGCCACUCAGCAAGUAAAAUCAUUCUCAGCUCAACUAGCGUCCAGCGCGGGCGCACGCGAGGUGAAAUAUUUCCAGACCGGACAGUUGUGGGCAAACGGCGUGGAUCGUAGGCGUAUCUGUCGUUUCUUCUUGGACACGGGGGCAGAACGCUCAUAUAUCUCUCAACGCGCAGUUGAAUCUCUAGCCCUCAAAGCAUCGGGUCGCGAGAAUUUAGCUAUGAUCACGAUCGGCGGCGCGGUGUCGGAAUACAGGGCCUAUGACGUAUAUCAUCUACGGCUUCAGAGCAAGUUCAGUGAUCGGGAUUCAGUCCUUCUGUCUUUAGUCGGCAUCCCGGAGAUAGCGAGAGGAGAGUUUCCGGUCAUGAGGGAGUCUUUCGGUUUGAGACCAUUGGCGGAUGAUGACACCGGCCCAUCGGGUCUCGGGGUGGACAUCCUUAUCGGGCAGGAUUUCCUGGCGAAGGUCUUACGCGGAGAAGAACGGGUCUUCGAGGAUCGCGUUGUGGCAACCAGCACCAUAUUCGGCUGGGUGCUGGCGGGCAAGGGAACGUCCGCUAGGAGCACAUUGGCAGAUACUUCAGCAUUUCUAACUUCCAACCUGUAUCAGCCGGGAACCUUCAUUGGUUCUGAGGUUGUGAAUUUGACAUCGCUGGUCGCAUUGGGAGCAGACCCGUCCAGCGGCCCGGAGAUGAGAGAAACAAUAGCUAGGAGUCCAGACGAGGAACUGGCAUCGGAUUUACAGAAGCUAUGGUCGACAGAGCUCUUGGGAAUUGAGGCCCAGUCGGACCUCAGGGACGCCGGGGAGAGCUCAGCAUUGAGAGAUUUCUUUGAGAACAAUAUCAAGCGCCAGGACAACGGCCAUUACAUGGUCAGUCUGCCCUUCAAGAGCAAGAGAACGCUAGGCGAUAACGAGGAUAUUGCUCGCGGUAGCCUGAAUCGCCUACUGGCCAAAGCGCGUAACAAUGGGGAACUUUUGAGCUCGUUGGACGACGAGAUGAGAAAAUACGUCGAGAAGGGUUACGCAGAAAUCGCAGAGCCGAAGAAACCGAAUGAGCUCGUUCAUUAUCUCCCGCUCUUGCCAGUUAUCAAACGAAACUCCGAUGCGGAGAUUGUCAAAGUCAGAGUUGUCAAGGAUGCAGGCGCGCGUAGGAGAGACGAAGCGGCUCUCAACGACGUACUGGUCUGUGGAGACAACUUAUUGCCCGAUGUCGUCCAAGUCCUGUUGAGGUUCAGGCAGGGCGAUAUCGCGAUAGUAUCGGACAUAGAGAAGGCGUUCCUGCAAUAUAAGAUCCACCCGGACCACAGGACCUUUCUGCGUUUCUUUUGGCCUCUGGGCAUCAGCAGAAACCCGCAGGCGCCAAUCCGGGAGUUCUGGAGCACAGUCCUGGACUUCGGGAUAAUCUCAAGUCCAUUCAUUCACUGCGCGGGAAUCAAAUAUCAUAUCGGUCAGCUCAUGGAGCAACAUCCCGAAAGAUCCAGUCUUCUGCAAGAUAUCGACCGGAAUUUCUAUAUGGACGACCUUGUGACAUCGGCGAAUUCGGUCUCGGAGGGUCGCGAGAUUUUCGAAUUCAUGUUUGACGCAUUCAGUGCGGGCGGUUUCAAACUCCGUCGGUGGGCAACGAACGACUCAGUCUUAGCAGCCGAAAUGCGGAAAGCGGACAGAGACCCUGAUAUCCAAAUCGUUAGCGACCAACCCGAUUUCAAGUUCCUAGGCGUUAGCUGGAAUCAGCCCUUGGACAAUUUGUAUAUCGGCGUUCAGUCUGCAUUGGAUACUCUCGGCUCUAAUCCACCGUCGAAACGCACUCUGCUGAGAGGGACGGCACAGAUUUUCGAUCCACUCGGCUUUAUUUCACCGGUCACGAUUAAGGCAAAGACCUUAUUGCAGUCACUGUGGCGUCAAAAAAUUAACUGGGACGAUGUACUCGUCAGGGAAAAUUUAGAAUCAUUCGAGGACUUUAUCAGCACGCUUGGAGAAGCGCGCUCCGUGUUGAUAAACAGAAACCUCCUACGCAUCUCG